AUGGCGCCUCAGCAGGCCCUCGUCAACCUCUCGCCGGCUGAGCUGUCGUUUCUGCGCUCCACCCUCUCCCAGACGCCGCCCAUCCGCCUCGAUGUCACCAAAGGGCCCCGCGACUUUCGCUCCAUGCGCGCCGAGUAUGACGUACUGCCCACGGCAAACGGGAGUGCGCGCAUCGCCCUCGAGGAUGGCACCGAGGCCCUCGUCGGCGUCAAGGCCGAGGUGGAGAGGUCACGCCAGCGCCCGACCCUGGGAGAGCCAGAGGACGUGGACAUGGGCGACGGCCAAGAGACGGACGACACCAAGGCCAAGGGCCAGAACGCGUGGGUCGAGAUGAGCGUCGAGGUCCCAGGCUUCCGUGAAGACGAUGCGCUGCCCGUGUUUCUGUCUUCCAUGCUCACCGAGAGCUUGCUUGCCAGUGGAGAGCUAAAGGACCGACUGUACAUCAACACACGCUUCCACUGGAAGCUCUACGUCGACAUCCUGCUGCUGUCACCCCCACUCUCCUACCCGCUCGCCCUGCUGUCCAUGACCACCCACCUCGCCCUGCUCACCACGCUCCUACCCGCCCUCAAGUCGGAAAAGGACGAAGACCCACUGUUCAACGACGACUGGGAUGCCGCCGUGUCUCUAUACCCCAAGCACGCCGGAACAAACAAGACUGCUACCCAGCUAGGGAAGCCGCCAGUCAUCAUUAUUGCCAUGGCAGUAGGACCAAACAUCAUCUUCGACCCGGCCAAGGAGGAACUCGCAGUAGCAGACGCAGUCCUUGCCAUCGCGUGCACAAACUCAACAACCUCCUCCACAGGCGCGCGCAUCGUCUCGAUACGCACCAUCGACCCCCCGUCCCAUCUUACUCCACCCGGCGUGCCCAACUCGAUGAACUCAGCCACCGGCGGUACAGCUCCCACCUCCAGUGCCCAUGCGCUCACUCAACGCGAACUGCUGGCGACCUCGGGCGUUUGGACACCACCCCGAGGCGGCAUGAAGAGAGGACUAAUAUCCCAAGUCACAAAGAUGGUGGUGGAAAACGGAGGAGUUGCCCAAGAAGUCAUCGGCGCAUUGGCUGCGAUUGAGGUCGGCUGA